AUGGAUCCCGGCAAUGGGCGCACCACCCGCAGCAGCGGGGCCAGCAAGCGCAAGCUGGACGAGACCAAGGACGGCCAGACGCCAGCCAAGAAGAAAGCCACGCCCAGGCCCAAGCGUGCACGCAUGGAGGGCGAGGACGAAGUCGAGCACAAGUCUGAAUUGUCCUCUCCCUCUCCUCCCUCCCCGAGCAACGGUGACGAUGACGACACCGGGCCCGGCGGUGGCGGUGGCGGUGGUGUCGCCAGUGACAGCAGCAGGAAGAGAGAAAAUGAGAAGAAGGAAAGCAGGACCGUGACCACGAGACUCGAAAGAGUGCCCCAGUACCAGAGCACCGACACAGCCUAUGGGGGCACGCAGCCUGAAGACGCGAACUUCUUCCCGGAACCCGCCGACCAGAACACUCUUCCUUCUGCUACUGCUCAUCAUCAUCCUCCUCCUCCUCCUCCUCCUCCUCCUCCUCCUGCUACGGCGAACACCCCUGCUCAGCCUGCAUCGCUCACCGUGCCGCCCUCCAGCACGAGCAACAACGAGGCAGCCGUUGUCGAUCCGUACGCCACUCCCUGGCAGGGGAACAGAGGCCCGGCCCCCUUCAACCCAGAUGAUCCUCGACGUCCACCCCGUUUCCCACCCUGGAACGAGCUGCGUAACCCGCCCAGCCAGCAGACAAAUGAUCUGACGCUGCCCCCUCUGAGAAACAGCCCAUUGGGUCCCCAGCCAAGCCGAUCUGGUCAGGUCGAGCAGCAACCGCAGACCACCACCACCACCAACACCACCACCCCGUCUACCUCCGCCGCCGCCAAGCGACCACGCAGCGAGUCCGCCUCUGGCAGCAGCCAAGACGUCAAGGGCAAAGGCCAUGCCGAGGGAGAGGACUCUCACGAUGCCACGCCGCCACUUCAGAGGUCGAGCAAAAAGGCCCGCUUCGACGAGUCCGCCAAGUCCCACGACGGCAAGUCUCCUAGCAAGGACAAAGGGGAGAGCUCGGACAAGGACAACAGCCCGCCGCCGCCGUAUAUCCCAAGUAGGCCCGACGCGACGGCACAGCGGCAGGCACAGAAUGCGAUACGUCAUACGUCCAGGCGUGGUAGAGGACGAGGCAGCUCAAGGGGCGGCGCGCGCACGCCCACUCGUCCAAAUUUGACGACCGCAUUGACAGAGACCCCCCAAGAACGGGUCUCUCGCCCGCCGCCGUCGUCCCAGGGGUCUCCCGCGACGCCCGGCGAGGAUACUCUUCUUAGAGAGUUUGCUGCGCUGAGUUCCCCCGCAGCAGCGUCUACGCCGGCUCGUCGGCCCCCCCGGGCCACCAGUAACGACGACUCGUCCGCCGCCGGAAGCCCGGACACAUCCGUCGACAACAUCAUCAACAAUGUCCGCGACAACGUCCCGGCACCGGCUGCUUCGAGCAGACAGGGCCAGGCCGCGGCCCAGGCUCCCAGAAACUCGGAUCCUUUCAGAGACCUAUUUGAGGAGGCCACCAGAACGCACGAAGAGCUGAAAAAUGUGCGCGAAGAACUCGCCAGAGAAAGGAAGGCGAGAAAAAAGCUCGAGAGUACCCAUGGGAUCGAAAGGGCUGCAGCCAUGGCCAACAACGAGAAACUGGAGGAGCUUUCGAAGAAGGUCCAUGAGUCCGAGGAGGCGGACCGCAAGCGUCGCAAGGCUGAGGAGGCUGAAGAGGAGUCUAAAGCUGCUGACGAGGCGAUUAUCAAACUACAGAGAGAUGACAUCGAGAGGUUGAAGGCCGAGAUGGCCACGCUGAGACAGGAUCUUGCCGCGGAAAGACGACAGCAGGCUAACCUGCAAGAGCUUGUGGCAAUGAUGCACGCGCAGACUGGGAGCGAGCCACUUCCCGGCGACUUCGCCACGCCUGGGGAUGAUCCCACCAUGGGAAGUCAACGGGAUGCUCCCCUGCAAGCGGUUGUGGCAAUAAUGCAGGCGGAGACCGGGACCGAGCCACUUCCCACCGAGGAGAGUGAGAUCAUGAGCGAAACCUUCUUUGAUCAAGCAACCUCCGAGGCGGGGCUUGAGGACCUAGAUGGCAGCUCAGAUGAGAACCACUCGCACCCUAGUGACGAAGGCCGGAGCCAGGGCCGGGAUGAUCCCGAGCCCCGAGGCCACGGGGGUCACGGGGGCCCCGGUGCCCCUCCCGGCGGCGGCGAUGACGACGACGACGAUGAAGACGACGACCGAGACAAUGGUCGCCGCGGAGGCGGUGGUCCACCUGGUGGCGGUGAUGAUGGCAGUGAUGAUGACGGCGAUGAUGGCGACGACGGAGAUGGUGGCGAUGGUGAACAGAUUGCCGACGAUGUGUCCAUCACGUCAGAGGAAGCGCGACAGGCUCAGCUCGGCACUGUGCAACUGACACAGAGACGGCUAGUCAUCAAUGUCCUCAAACUCCGCAGGAAGCUUGAGAACGUCGAACAGGAGAGAGCAGCCGCUGUCGCACGUGCAGUGGCGUACAAGGGCCAAGUUCACGCUGGGGCUGAUGAAUUCAUCGAGCUUGGACACCUCAGGCACAUCCUCGGAGAGCAGCCCAGCGAACAACAGAUGCUUGCCAUGCUGCGGGAUCUGGAUCAAAUGAUUCAGCACCUCGCCGCAAAGCUCGACCUGGCCGACGAGGACCGCCGCGCCGGUAUCAGCCCGAAGUUUCAAGCUCUCGCGGCAGAGGUCUGCUCUGAUUGGAAGGACUUCCACAACGCCGGCCGCAUGCAAAACAUCAUCCACGCAGUACUCUGGAAGCAUCUGCAGGACAACUUGUUCGACAACUCGUUCAGGUACUGGGGCAAGCAGUUCGAAUCGUAUCUCACAAAGAUGCUCACCCACCAAGAGGCAAAAGAGGUGACGGUACCCGACCCCACAGGCCUCGAGCCCCAUGAGUUUAUCGAGAAACAUGACCCUUCGUUCCCGAAGGCCAAUUUCUGCCGCUCCCUUCUCACGCAGCUGCUGCACGAUAGGGAGCCCGAGCCAAAGGCAUACAGCACCUUGAUCGGUACUGUCAACAGUCUGCUGUCAUCGAUCUCGAAGGAGAAGCGCAGCCUCAAGCUGGACAUCAAGAAGGAGGCCACUGCCCUCGUCGGCAAGGCUGUCCAGGUCAUGGUUGUUCUUACGACAGCCAGAGCGCAUUACAAGCUCGUGCGUGUCUCACCGUUUGAAGACUCGGCAACGCGCGGCGGCCGGCUGGAGUUCGACAGCUGGUGGAUGGUCAAGAAGGCGAACAAUGCGACGGGCAAGACUGGCGUCGAUGUCAUGAUGUGCCCAGCUCUCGUGCGGACGGGUCCCAUAAACGGCUUCAACGGGGAUUACACCUUGAAGUAUGUGUCCGCCUCGUCGGGUGUCACUGCUGAGGGGGGUGUUGUCGGCCCGUUCGCCGAAAAUGAUGACCAAAUCAGCGACGGCAAUGAGGUUUUUGUAGAUGCUCCAGAAACCCAGGACGGGCCUGGGCAGGCGGAGAAGGAAGAUGUCCAGAUGGAGGAUCACGUGGAAGAGACUCCUGCCCCUGUCAGGCGGAGCACUCGAGCAAGGAAGCCUCGGAAGUUCUUUUAA